CCUACCUUCUCCUGAGCUCUGACUCUUUCCUCUCUGUGCUCCCUGCUGAUCCAUUCACCAGCAUGAAGGUCUUGGCGUUGCUGGUCCUGGUGGCAGUCUCCACCUUCCUGGUCUCAGGCCAGGAUACAACAGAUGCUCCGUCUGAUAGCUCUAGUGGUAAGUCUGUACGUGCGCCUUCCACUGAUGCCGCCACUGACGCUCCGGCCACCACAGCUGAUGCCGCCACUGAGGCCCCGGCCACCACUGCUGCGGCCACCACUGCAGCUCCUACCACCAAGACCAGCAAGACUAAAUUUAUCACUAAGAGGCGUAAAAUUCAAUGUCAUUUGACAUUUGUUCGUCUCCUUGCAAAUUCCCAAGAGAGAAGUCACAUUCUUCAUCCUUUUUUGAAGCCUUCUUGAUUAUAUAUUUUAUUCUCUUACAGCCACCCCUGGCUGGCUUAAGAAAAUACUGAGAUGGAAUUAGCCUUGGCCUUCUGCGUUUGUUCCUGCUGGACUCAGCCACUUGUCUCUUCAUUUGACUACUUCAACCACUUACCAUGUGUACCAACUAUCUCUUAACCCCAAUAAAUGUAUCUGUUUUCAAAUAAAAAA